AUCCCUAAGGUUCAGAUACCCGAUGAAUGCGCACUAACUAAAGAGUAAACCUCUCCGAGCACAGGCUUUACUUCCGAGUAAAAAUACGCAAGGGGGGCAGCCCUAAAUCUAGUAAAAAUAAAUCUUAACUGAGGUUCUGUCCCUCCUUACGUAAAGCCUGCCCCCCUAACAUGCGCCCAUGGUACCCCCUAUUUUGGGGCGAGGAGACACGUGCGCGCGCCUCUUCCUUGAUCCGAUUCUCCAUGCAAACGUCGCCGCAUUGACCUUGCCAUUGACCCGUCUACUCGGAAAUUUAUUGGAUUCAGUGAUGCUUACUCGCAGCUUCCAGGGUUGAGACUUGGCACUGAAAAAAGGGGUCGUGUCUGCCUUCUUAGUUCAAGGAUUGCUCCCCGGGCCCAGUCUCCGCAGCCUGAAAGAAGAUGGGGAAGGGCUACAAAGUGCUGGUUUGCGGAAUGGCCUCGGUGGGGAAGACCGCCAUUCUGGAGCAGGUCCUCUAUGGCAAGCACAAUGUGGGUGCAGAAUGCAGCGCCACAAGCGAAGAUGUGUAUGUGGCUUUGGCGGAAACGGACCGAGGAGUGAAAGAACAGUUGCGCCUGUACGACACCAGGGGGGUGCAAGAAGGAGAGGAGUUCCCCAAACAUUAUUUCUCCCUCGCAGACGGCUUUGUUCUCGUCUAUGCCGUGAACAGCCUGGAAUCCUUCGAAAGAGCUGACUGGCUCAAGAAGGAGAUUGACAAGUGUAGAGACAAAAGAGAGGGCUCUAUUGUUGUCUUAGGCAACAAAGCUGACCUGGUGGAGGAAAGGCAAGUCGAGGCGGCCGUGGCUCAACAGUGGGCCAAACUCGAGAAGGUGAAGCUGUGGGAAGUCACGGUGACCGACGGAAGGACGCUGGUCGAGCCCUUUGCCGUGCUGGCGAGCAAACUCUCUCAGGCCCAGAACAAGUCGGCUUUUCCUUUGCCCGGGCGGAAGCCCAAAGGCAAUAAUGACGACAGCUGAAGGCCAUUUCAACCAGGGAGGAGUGUUUCGAGUUGUCGGUCUGUGUUUUACGCUGUUCCUUUUGUGCUUCCUCAAGUGCUCGCAGAGUUUGACGCUGCAGUUAGUAAACUUGUGUAUGCAGUUUUUCCGCUGUCAUUUCUAAAGGGGAUGAAUAGCCCUUUUUUAAAAAAAAUGUACACAAACAAACUAUAGAAAUACUUGCAUACCUGCCCAGAAUGAAAGGGUGUUCAGGAUGGAGGAAGAGGGACUGAGAGAACCCGAUGAAUUCCUUCAAACUUUGCCCACUGGUGUGGACAGCAAGCCAUAAAACAUUGUGACUGAAAAAGUGGGGAGGGUGUGGAUACUCGCCCGUCAAUUGCACACCUAGAAAAAUCUGGUAAGAGUGAGCCAUUUACAAACGCUCCAUUCUCACAGGGCAGGCCUCUCGCAUCCUGUGUAUAAUAAUAGUGAAUUCGUACUUUGAUUCUGCAUAUUUUUGUGGCCAAAAUCUGUGCACGAGAUGGAGGCAUCCGAAGCCUUGGGAGAACCCUGAGAUUUGCAAAAGUGGAGGGGGGUGAAAACGUUUUUUGGGGGAAAUUAGGGGUAGUGAGGAGUGAGAAUGUUUAGCGGGCAUGAAAUGCUGUCUGCUAUAUUGGGUUGAGGGACAGAAAAUGGGAGGAGAUGGAAUGGAGAAAAGGGCAUGGCCAGCUGAAACACUAAUCAGGAGUAGUUAACGCUGCGACUUUUUGUUGCAGAUCCAACUGGUUUGUUUUAUAAUGCACAUCGUGGAGUAAUGGGACCAGAUUUUCACAAGGGAGAGCCAAGCCCACAUAAAAAGCAGUCAGGGUUUGGCUUAAGUGCUUAAGCAAGCGGUUGCUCUCCUGUAGGGCAGCGUAGGUGAGAAAAAGAGCCACUUUUUAAUAAUAAGUCAUUUAUAAAGGGUUUGUUUAUUAGCCACUCUUCAGCAUAAGAUCCCAGGGGAGCGAACAGUUUUAAGUAGUAGCAGGUACAAUAGAAGUCCAUAUAAAACAUUAAAAGCAAAAAAAAGCAGCAGCCAUAAAAUCUAUUGGAUCCAGAAAAACAAGUGUUAAAAACAGUUCAUAAAGCAUGCUGGGAUACCUGAGCAAAUAAAAGUCCUCCCUUAUACUGAAAGAGCAUAAAAGAUGAGCUAGUUUGGAAGAGAUACUCCUUUCUGCAAUCACAAGAGGCCUUUCUCCAGUCACCACCCUCCUGACUUCAGAUGGUGUUUCCAAUGAAGAAUGAAGUAUUCGCACAGAAGGUCUUUCAUUAAGGUCCCAAGCAAUUACUUUCUAAGUAAUGCCCAUCACUUUCUUUGGUGCCCAGAUGAUGAAAGCACCAGGUAAAUUAUGUCCCAAUUAGCAACCUAGCAUUUUGUCCUAGCUGGAGUUUCCAGGAAAUCUUCAAUGACAACCCUAAGUACCACGUAUUGCAGUAGUCCAGCCAAGACGCCAACGUGUGCCUAAGCUGUCUAGGAGACAUCACAGAGGGUGUGCCAGUCUUCAACAACAAAUAGAAGGCAGCUUAGAGGUGUCCUGUUAAAUAACUUGCUUUUUGCGUUUUCAGAUUUCAGUAAAGCCUGCCUUGCUGACAUUCCAGGAUUGUUGGUUUAGUCUUCUCAUUUCUUGGAACACCCUUUCAGAAUGCAACAUCUCAGUGCGCUUUGGUUCUUCCUGUGAAUUUACCUCUAGUAGCCCAAGAGGGUGAAGAUUUCAAAAUUCUAAACUGAUUAAAAUAUAUGCCAGUUGGAUUUUUUU